AUGGCUUACGUAUUCGACGGAUACUCCGAAGCCAGCUCUGGUCGGAACACACCUCGCGGCCUGCAAGGCUCUGGCUCUGGAGGGGGAGGAGGCCGUCAGCAGCGUCGUUAUGGGAAUGGAGAUAUACCCGUCGGUGGCCUACCUGGAGGGAUCUACUACGGUACGGGUCGCUUCUACGAGGAGAAUUUGCGCAAUGAGCAACGGCGGCGGCAACAGCAACAGCAGCAGGAACGAGAACAGAAUCAACAGCGGCACCGGCACGAUCCGCAGUGGCAGCCAGAAGAGCAAGAUGAGCAGCAACCUCGACGCGAUCAACAACAACAGCCGCGGUACGCCUAUUUCGGUGGCUUCCGCCGAAUGGACGGCACUGGACCCGAGAACGAUGCUGCGAGAGAGGCUUCUGCUGCUGCGAGAGCGUUCCUUGAAGCACUGCAGAGAGAGCACUGGCGGCGGAGACAGCAGGAGGCUGAUGCCGGAGGUGGUGGGUUUGGCUUGGGCCCUGGUGAUGGGUACGGAGAGGUUGGUGAGGAUGAUUUUGGCCCGACGGAGGAGAUUCGGUUUGAGGAUUUGUUUGGGGAUAUCUUUGGAAGUUUCGGUGGAGGAGGAGGGAGAGGAAGUAUGGGCGGCAACGGUAGAGGCGGUCGCACAUUCGAACCCCGUCCCGACCCCGGCACUGAACCUGGACCUGGACCUGGACCUGGACCUGAUCAGGGCCGUACCGAUGGUCUCGGUGGCCAAGGGGGUGGCGGGGGAGGAGGCGAUCGCAACCCCGACCCGGCGGCUAAUGGCCCCGGCAGAAACGGCGGUACCUUCCGGCCGGGCUACCAGUCCCCACCAGGUCACUAUGGAGGUGGAUGCUGGCCUGGUCCGGAUAAUACGUUUGGGGAUUAUGACGAGUCGGGGAAUAUGCCUGAUGCGUAUUUUUGA